AUGUACAAUUCCAAUCCUAAGGACUUGAGUAUUUUAAACUUCCUUAAUUAUCUGAAAGAUAAAUUGGUAUUCACAUCAGAUAGCAAACAAGAAAUCCAGGAUGCACUUAAAAGAACGCUCGAGAGUGCUAUUGAUUCAUCUAUUAUACAAUCUGGAAUAAAGAAACAGUUUAAAAAAUUGUUAGAUAAUAUCAGUGAUACUUUUGAAAGAAAGGAAAUUAUUGAGUUUUUCGCGGAAUUGGACAAGGAGUUUGAGGCAAUGUCUUUUAAUAAGUAUAGUUCUGAACUACUACAAAAGUCUGGUAAUUUACAUACAUUAAGAUUAGCCUCUUAUUAUAUGACAACGUCUGCUGAAUUUGAUAAAAAUGGAGAAUCAUCUUCUUAUCAUGUUUCAAGAAAAAGACGAGAAGUUGAUUUUGAUGAGGAGCAAACAAUAAAGAAGCAAUAUCAAGAUAGAUAUACUACGCCACCUCCACUUAAUAAAAAUGAGCAAGAUGCAGAUUUUGUUUUUGAACCUGAUAAGCUUAAUCUGUAUUACCAGGAGCUGUCAUUAACUUCAUUAAAUUCAGCUGUCGAAAGGCCUGUUAAUAGUGAAGAUUCGAUAAAUGUUGAAGUCCCAAUCUCCAAGCGACCACAAGAGGCAGUUGCUUCUAAGAGUAUUAAAAAUGAGUUGGUUGAGGAACAUAUCUCUCAGGAAGAUUUGUUAAACUCAAUGAACGAAACAUCAAAUACAUUCAAACAAAUCGAGUUCUUAACAUAUUAUAAUAAACUAAAAACCAUAUGGGAUGCUUGUAUUACUGAAAUGAAUUAUUUUGUGUUAGAUUUAAGAGACAAAGAAAUUUUAAAUCAAGUGCACAAUCUUUUAGAUGAUU